AUGGCAGCCCCGACCGCGGGGCCCUUGGUCGGGGGUGUGGUCCAGGAGACCAACUCCUCUCGCUUUCUGGUGUUCAACCCCAAGACGGCGGAGCUGCUGGGUCAGCACCAGGUGAAGAUAUCCCAGGAGCUCCCCAAGGAGGAAUGGGUGGAGCAGGACCCGAAGGAGAUCAUCCAGUCCGUGUACACGUCCAUCGAGAAGACGUGCGAGCAGCUCAGCCAGCUGGACAUCGACGUCUCCAACAUCAAGGCCAUCGGCAUCAGCAACCAGCGGGAGACCACCGUGGUCUGGGACAAGCUGACCGGGGAGCCGCUCUACAACGCCAUCGCUUGGCUGGACCUCAGGACCCAGUCCACCGUGGAGAAACUGAGCCAGAAAAUCCCGGGCAACAACAACUUCGUCAAGUCCAAGACGGGCCUGCCCCUCAGCACCUACUUCAGCGCCGUCAAACUGCGCUGGCUGCUGGACAACGUGGAAACCGUCCAGGCGGCUGUCAAGGAAGGGAGGGCGCUCUUCGGCACCGUCGACUCCUGGCUCAUCUGGAACCUGACCGGCGGCGCCCAGGGCGGUGUCCACUGCACAGACGUGACCAACGCGAGCAGGACGAUGCUGUUCAACAUCCACUCCCUGGAGUGGGACAAAGAGCUCUGUGCCUUUUUUGAGAUCCCCAUGAGCAUCCUUCCGAGCGUCUGCAGCUCUUCUGAGAUCUAUGGCCAGGUAAAAGCUGGGGCCCUGGAAGGGGUGGCCAUCUCUGGGUGCCUGGGGGACCAGUCUGCUGCACUGGUGGGACAGAUGUGCUUCCAGGAAGGGCAGGCCAAGAACACGUACGGUGCAGGUUGUUUCUUACUGUGCAACACAGGCCACAAGUGUGUGUUUUCUGACCACGGCCUGGUGACCACCGUGGCUUACAAAUUAGGCAAAGACAAGCCUGUAUGUUACGCCCUGGAAGGUUCAGUGGCUAUAGCCGGGGAGGUGAUCCGCUGGCUGAAAGACAACCUUGGAAUUAUAGACACCUCAGAAGACAUCGAAGAACUUGCUAGAGAAGCGGGUACCUCGUACGGCUGCUACUUCAUCCCAGCCUUUUCGGGGUUGUAUGCGCCUCACUGGGAUCCCAGUGCAAGAGGGAUCAUCUGCGGGCUCACUCAGUUCACCAAUAAAAGUCACAUUGCUUUUGCUGCCUUAGAAGCUAUCUGUUUCCAAACCCGAGAGAUUUUGGAUGCUAUGAACCGUGACUGUGGCAUUCCACUCAGACAUCUGCAGGUGGAUGGGAAAAUGACAAAAAACAAAAUUCUCAUGCAACUACAAGCAGACAUUCUGAAGAUUCCAGUAAUCAAGCCCACUGUCACUGACACAACAGCACUGGGAGCCGCCAUAGCAGCAGGAGCUGCCGAAGGGGUGGGCCUCUGGAGCCUUAAACCCGAGGAUUUGUCAGCUGUCCUGGUGGAUCAGAUUGAGCCCCAGAUCAACCCCAUGGAAAGCGAAAGCCGCUAUUCGAGGUGGAAGAAAGCUACCGCCAAGUCCAUGGGUUGGAUUACAACUCAGGCUACUGAAAGCACUGUUUCCCCUGCCUUCUCUAGUCUGCCCCUGGGCUUUUUCAUAGUGAGUAGCCUGCUGAUGCUUAUUGGAGCAAGGUACAUCUCCAGUAUGUCGGACUAA